GUGAGUCCAGGCUGAGGCAGCUCUGGCCUGGGAAGAGCUGGUUACCAACCAGGAACAGGAGUCUUCACCUCUCUGGGAGAAAGGGAACGAGUAGUUAUCGAGCCCCUACUGUAUACAAUAUAUGCAGAUCCCAGCGUUCGUGUCCUGUGUCAUUUCCUCUUCACACAAGCAGGGAGGAAUAGGGCCGUUGUACACCCCAGGACCCUGAAGCUCAGCGGCUUAGGUACCUUAUAAAGAGCUAAGUUAGACCUUGCUCUGCCUGUUUCGAAGCCCUGGUUUCCUGGUCUCUGAAGAAUGUCCCCGCUGACUGAGCGCAGCCCAUGAGAGGAGGCUUUCCCAGCAGGUUCUUCACUGCUGGAAGAGGCUGCCCUUACUGCCUGGGAUUUGCGAGCCCCCGUGAACACCAGACGUUUCCUGUAGCAGUGGGACGCGACAGCGUCUCUUCUCGGCCUGGCUUAAGCAAUGGAGAGCUAGAAAUCAGCUGGGAUCGGGGAGUACCACAGAAAUCUGCAAAGGCUGCAGGGUGCUACCCUGCUGGCAGAUUAUCUCUCAAGCCUCCGUUGGCCCCAGCAGUGAGCUGAUUGGGAUGGUAACCCAGGAAGCUCCUGAGUCUGCCCGGUGUCUGUGCCCUUCUCCGGCCAGCCCGAAUGUCAAGGAUGCGCUUCGGAGAAAGCACAAGAGGAAGAGCCGACAGCACCAGCGGUUCAUGGCCCGGAAGGCCUUGUUGCAGGAGCAGGGACUGCUGAGCACACCCCCAGACCCAGGAUCCUCCCCACUGCCCAUGCCGUUGGAGGAACCUCCAGGCACUAAAGCUGCCAGCAGUGAGAGGCAGCACCCAAGGACUGAAUCUGGAGGUGUCCCAUCCAGUAGAAAGCCCACCCCCAGGGAAUCUGCGGGACCUUUGCCCAGCAAGUGUGUGGCUAUAGACUGUGAGAUGGUGGGCACAGGACCCCGAGGGCGGGUGAGUGAGCUGGCCCGCUGCUCUGUGGUGAGUUACCACGGUGACGUCCUCUACGACAAGUACGUCCGGCCUGAGAUGCCCGUUGUGGACUACCGCACUCGCUGGAGCGGCAUCACUCGGCAGCACAUGCGGACGGCCAUCCCCUUCCAGGUGGCCCAGAAAGAGAUCCUCAAGCUCCUGAAGGGCAAGGUGGUGGUGGGGCAUGCACUGCACAAUGACUUCCAGGCCCUCAAGUAUGUUCACCCUCGGAGCCUGACCCGAGAUACCACUUAUGUCCCCAACCUUCUCAGCCAGCCCAGCCUCCACACCCGGACCCGGGUCUCUCUUAAGGACCUGGCCCUGCAGCUGUUGCACAAGAAGAUCCAGGUGGGCCAGCAUGGGCACUCAUCAGUGGAAGAUGCCAUGACAGCCAUGGAGCUCUACCAGCUGGUGGAGGUGCAGUGGGAACAGCAGGAGGCCAGCCGCCUCCGGAACCACUCCGAGGACAGAGAGCCUGACAGCAGCACGGACACGGAGCAGUAUAUGGAGGACCAGUACUGGCCUGAUGACCUGGCCCAGGCCACCAGCGGAGGAAUGGAGGAGGCACAGGACAAAAGAGAGUGAGGGAGGAGAGGUUCCCGGGCGGCUUCUGAGUGUGGGGAGUGGGGGCCAGGAGAGCAGUGGGGGCUUCAUCCUGAACGAGACCGAGUGCAGCCAGCCACUCCCAGGGUCCGAGGAGUUGGGAUCAUCUGUCCUCUUGACUCCCUCUGCCCAGGGCACAGCCCUCCUCUCUCCAGGGCUCUUGUCACCCUUUCUCUCCACUCCUGUGGUUUUGCUAAUGGCACUUUAUAGACACCCUGAAAAUGUCAGGUGGACUAGCUACUAGGGCCCAGCAGGAGUAGAGAAUGCGCCAACAUACUGUCUCAGGCUGUCACUUCCCCACCCCCAGGCUGUGCUAUCUAAAGGGAUAAUGUCUCCCUCCCAGGGCGGGGUAGGUGGGUGGGGGUGUCAAUAUCCAGGAGCUCCCUUAUCUAAGUCAGCGACUUGGGGUAAAGUUCUCUUCCUGUUGUGGCAACCUACCUCUUCCUCCAGAGUCAUCUUCGGCUUCAGAAUAAAUAUGCCCUGAAGCUACAGAGUUAAGACCCCUCAAGGAGACCUUUCUUCCCUUUCUGUCUGAACUGGAGCUUUGGCUGCAGCCCUCAGAGGAACUCAGGGCCAAGUUGUGAUGGAAUAGCAGAGCCCACGGGCUCCUGGGGAGCUGCUCCUCGCUGCUUGGCCCCACAAGUCACCAGGCACUAUUCCGGGAGGAGGGAAGUGGAUCCGUUUUGGGUGGAGUCUGGCGUAUUUAUUUUGACCCAAAUAAGGCAUUCCUCCUGCCCACUCAACACUAGGCUCUCUUAGGCAAAAGCCUGAGAAACAAGACAGCAAUUUGAAUUCUGGGAUCUCUGUGCAGAAUUGCAUCAAAGGGCCUUCCUUUAUUGAGCACAAGGCCGCCAGUCUGUCAGGGAGCAGAGUCUGUGUGUCCACUGGGGCUGGGGUCCCCUCAGGCACUUUAAUUGACAGUCUCUGUGGCGCUUGGGUUUUCUGCACAUUUCUAAAAAUGUUCUCUGUCAGGAUUUCAUUCCCCAUUCCUCUUUUCUUGUUUCCUAAGGGGCAAUUUUGGGGUAUUGGGGUAACUAAGAGCUCAGGUCACACAGACCUUUGAGCCCCAUCUUGUCACUUAAGAAUUUGGAGACUUGGGGCAAGUCUAUGGCUUCCCUCUUGAGCCUGUUCCUCAUCUGUAAAAUGGGGAUAACGAUGUGACCUACCUCAUGGAGUGGUUAUGAGAAUGGAGUACUGAGUGCUCAGCACAGGGCCCUACAUGGGUGGGCCCUGGUCUAGGGGAGCUGCUGGGUUUUCUUGAAGGCUUGGUUCCAGCCUCUGCAGGAUGACACACCUGAACACGCCCCUCGGGCUGAGCACUUUGGCCAAGACAGAGCUGUGCUUGGCUGUUCCAGCAGGUGGGGCCCGGGCCGGGGUGGAGACACAGCGUGGAGGUUUGUGUUUACUCUGUGGCCUUCUGCUGUGUGCAGGAAAAUGGGUUUUUCAUGUCAGUCUGAGCAAAGCAGCAAGGCCAGGAAGGGUGAGGCACUCCUGCACCACACUGCUGCAAACCCAGGGCCACAGAUUGUUGUCUCCCACCCCCUCCCCAUCUGCGGCGUCGGGAGCUGGCUGAGUCGCUGACCACUGCUGGCCUGGCUCCGGGACUUGGCUCUGGAUUCCUUACAAGUCUGUAGCCCAUGCCAAACUCACAGCUGAGCAGUAGUUCAGUUCUUUGGUCCGUGGGUUAAAGGAAGAUGGAGCUGUUACCAGUGGGGUAAUGUGCUGGGUUUAAAAUCAGCUUUGUUGUAAAACCAUUCGUUCUGGAAUAAAAUUCAA